UAGCAUUUUUUAAAGCGGGGGAUAACAGCUGUUUGUUUGUUUUUUAAAUAUUGCAACAAGAGUUUUCCACUUCCAGACUCAGGCAACUGUGAAAUUUGCCAGCAGUUAUUAAUAAUGGCAAUGUUAAUUGUUCAGAGCAUCAUAUUAACGAUUCAUAGCUGAAAUUUCACGGCGGCUUUUGAAAAACCAACAUGGUUUCUCCAAAAACUCGGUAUCUGCUGUUCUUUCAAUACUUUGGGACCAAGUAUAGUGGCGUGCAGGAGGUUCCCCCUGACCGGGCGGUGCUUGGAGUGCAGAAUCACUUGGAGAUGGCAGCAGAGAAGCUCCGGCAUUGCACGCCGAGCAAGUUCACCAUCUCGAGCCGCACGGACUCCGGGGUGCAUGCCCUCUGCAACGCCGCCCACCUCGACAUCGAGAGGCCAGACGGGAAGCCACCUUUUGCAGGAAACGUCCUCACCGACACUCUCAACUACCACCUGAAGCCUGAGCCCAUCCGCAUCCUGGGUGCUCGUUGCGUCCCCAGCACCUUCCACGCCCGCUUCUCGGCCCGGUCGAGGACCUACGUCUACCGGGUGGCGACCGGGUGCUCUCACUAUUUGGAGCUGCCUGUCUUUGAGCGGAAGCGCUGCUGGGCGACGUAUCGUGGCCAUCUGAACCCGCUGGCCAUGCAGGAGGCAGCGGCCUUCCUGCUGGGCACCCACGACUUCAGCACCUUCCGCUCACCCUCUACGGAACUCCCCAGGCGAAACCCAGUUAAGAGCCUUUCGCGGGUGGAGGUCAGGCCUGCUCUUGGCUUUCUCUCAGAGCACAGCAAAGACAGCCACCUGAGGUUUUGGGAGAUGGAGUUUACGGGCCCCUCUUUUCUCUACAAACAGGUGCGGAGAAUGGUUGGCGUCUUGGUGGCUGUCGGCCAGGGCCGCCUCGAACCUCGUCGUGUGCAAAGGCUUUUGGAGAUCAGGGACCUGAUGGCUUACCCCAAGAACACCAUUGCGCCGCCCGAUGGACUCUUCCUUAAAGAUGUGGAGUACUGCGAAGCUGACUUGGAGAUCAGCGAAACGGAAGCAGAAUGGCAGCCUAAUUGAACUCCCCAUGACUGGAACAGAGAGAGGUCAGGGGAGGAGAGCACCCUCUUUCCUGUUAUGUGGCCACAUGACUUUAGACCUAUUCACACACAUACGUGGAACAUUCUUCAAUAUCCCACCCCUACGAAGCAAACUAUAUACAGACAUUUGGGGUGGGGGUGUACUUAGGGUGCAAUUACAUUUGAACCAGGAUUUGAACCCAAAGCUCUUGAGCUGGGACCUCACGCUGUUGUAUGCUGUGUAAGACGGAACAUGGCAUCCUGAGAAUCUCCGCUUAAUUCUUUUAGAACAACACACUAGUCCCUAGUGAUAAGCUUGGAAAUGCAGGGCAGGGCUGUCUCAGUAACAGGAGGCGGACUGGGCCUUGCCUUGCCAGUGAGGUCUUGAUGCUGCAGAGUGGCUUCAGUUUGGAGGUUAAGCUCUGCCUCUGCCAGGAACUCGCUAGGGGGUCCUUUUUGGCAGACAUUCACUUCAAAGCCUUUUGUGCCUCAUCUGCAGAACUGACGUGAUCCUUACUGGCCUACCGUAGAGAGCCGUUAUGAAGAUUACAGCAAGAUAGCAUGCAUGAAGCCAUGUGGGUGCCACGUAAAAG